AUGGAAAGAAAGAUAUCACUACUUUGUUUUUUUGUUGUACCGCCGGCGCGAACACAGUGGUCGGGGUGGCUGGUGGUUUCGGGAUCCCGUAGAAAUGCUUCUUUUAUGCCUCGGGUAUUAGCCACAGCUUGUAUUCAUUCAGUAAUUCUACCCCUUCUUCAUUCUUGUACCUCCUUUCUUAAUAUUGUGACUUUUCCAUGCUGUGUCUCAGGAACCUUUUCAAUACGGUCCGGAUUGCUAGCUCCCGUUCAUAGUUUUGCUACAGAUGAUACACGAGGGAUCUUUUUAUGGCCGUUCUUCCUUCUAAUGACCGGCAUAUCUAUGAUUCUUUUCUCCCAAAUGAAGCAGCAGGCAUCGGUCCAUAGAACCUAUAAAAGGGAGAUGGUUGUGGCGCGAAGUACUCUUGUGCACCUACGUCAUUCGACUCGCGCGCAAGCCCGCCCUUGUCCCUUUCCUUUCUCCAUUCCGCCUCCUUCUUUGCUUUCUUCCAAUAGAGUCUAAGGCAAAGCUUAAUUUAUAAUUGAAUAAAAGCGAGGAGCGAAGCAGCAUUCAAUAUGUGCGUUACUGAGCUAGUGUCUUUCUCAAUAGGAAUCACUAGGUGCAUUUCUUCGAUAGGAAGGUGAUUCACUAGUUCUCAAUGGGUAUGUCAUGAAUGGAUCAAUAGGUCCGGGUCAAGAAUAGG